AUGCACGUAUCCGCGAUUAUUGCCGUGGCUUUCUUGGGCACUGCCCUUGGAAUUCCCGUUCAGGAAUCGCCAGCUACAGAUAGCAAGGAGAAAAGAGGCUUCACCCCUGAGGCCUGUACUGGAUUGUGCGCAGGACCUUGUGCCGCGAAUGCCCUUUUUUGUUUUACCUGCACUACUAUCUGUAACGGUUUGACCGAAGAUGGCGGCGAAGUUGACCCUGAGACCAUUGUCGAUGCUUUGAACCUUGGGACCUCUGGUGUCGAGGUUUGA